UAUCGCGCGUAUAUACUGUUAUUUUCCGUACCGACAUUCUUUAAUUGUUAUUUUUCAAAAUAAAUUAAGUGUAUUUGAAAGUGUCCUAUUUAUUAAAGUUUUCUUUGUAGUUGUAAUUUCAAAUAAUAAUAAUAUCGCUUUUAAAUAACCCAUCAAUUUGACAAACUUUCGAAAUGAUUUUUCAUUAUUGAAUUUAUAACCUCACUUGUUUCUUAUUAUUUAAACGUAUAUUGUUAUUGAUAAAUAUAACAUGCAAUCGUUAGAUAUGCAAAAAGUCGAAGAUAGCGUAUUUUCUGUAAUCAAAACAACUGGUCUCUCGCCUGCUGUAUUUAAUUUUCUACAGCCUUCGGAAGAUAGUCCGGAAAAUUAUACACCAUUAGGAGGUAUAUUAAAUGACACCAAGCAUGGCUGGCUGGCGCUUGGCCCCAAGUUUUGUGUUGUGGAUCUUAGAACUGGUUUAAAAAUUGCUGCAAAAAUUUUUGGAAAUCCAUAUGGCAAUUCACAUAUAAUUGUAACAAGUGUAGUGGAGCUUCCAUCACCAAUAACUAACAACUCUCAGCAACUCCUCAUCAGUUUACAAUGUGAAGAUGGUACUGGCAUGAUCUGCAUAUUCCAUGUAAAUGGAUCUCAAGUAUUGCGUUGCAUACAGAGCGAGGUUGUAAUCACCCAACUGGCUGUAAGUGAUGGGAUCCCUGAUGGCUACUUCACAUGUUUUGAUGGUGUUGUGAUGGCUGGAACCAAAAAUGGAGAGAUAUUUGUGUUUGAUCUCAAUAGAGCUUGUCUAAUACAAGCAUUAAAAGACAUCUCACAGGGUUAUGAACAUCUGAUUCAAGGUGAACAGAAUCCCGCCAACUUAACCUUUUUGUCAUUAAGUUCAGCACACAGGCUCGAAGAACAACGAGACAUAGCCCUUGAGAAUGAUGAUCAUAUAGCAGUGUUACUAAAUGAGAACUCCUUAAUGGAUGGACAGUAUUUAUUCCGUAAUCCAGACGGUACAAUCCGGAUGAAGGCCAAACGAGACCAUGUCAGAGUAACUGUGCUUCAGUAUAUACCACAGUUAGCGAGUUUGGCAGUUGGCUAUAAUUUUGGAGCAUUCCAGAUUUGGAACAUGAUUACCAUGGAAUUAGAAUUUACGUCACAAGUCAAUGUUGAAUGCUUGCCAGUCACUCAUUUCGGUUUUCAGGAACCCUGUGAUGACCCUAGAGCGUUUUGCUACCUUUGGGUCGUGUUUUCAGUGAUAGAUAGGUUUGAGGAGGAGGAAUUUCCUCUUGCUGUGAUGUACUCCUUAACUUAUCAAGGCAAGAGAAUGCUUUCCCACACUAAGUGUUUGUAUCAAGAUUUUACAAUGGCUACAAUACGGUUUCAAGUAGAGUUAAGCACAAUGGAAGAUUCUGGAUGUUUGGUUGGUGGCAAAUGUGUCUCAUGUAACACAUACUCCAUAAACUCCACUAUGGGAGAUGAUGGAGAAGACAGUACGUUAAAUAUCUGCCAGCUGGUCUGGGAGUGUUGGGGUGAAAAUGCAAAUUCCUCUUCAGUACACGGCAUGCUUCUCUUUGAUUUGGAUCAGUGGUAUAAGGAUCAGAUGCCUGCAACUCGACGCGUGGAAAGCUGUGCAUUCCUAAGCGCGGCGGUGGUGCCCGGACUGUCGGGCGGCGGCGCGGCGUUGGACGUCAAACUGCUACCUGACACCGUAGCUCCCUACCACCACGCCACGCGCCUUGAGGAACACUUCUACCCCAAUUCCCUGCAGUAUGAGUGCGCGUGCCUAAGCACGAGCGAGUGGUGCGUGGUGGGCACGGCGGGCGUGCAGCGCGCGCUGGUGGGCGCGCUGGCGGCGGCGGGCCCGGCCGCGCUGCUGCGCCCCGCCGCCCUCUACCGCGCCGCGCGCGCCGCCGGCCUCGCGCCGCCCGCCGCGCAGCGCCUGCCGCCACACCCCACGCAGGAACAGCAGCGGCGCUUUCUACUGUGCGUGGCGCUGGAAGCACGGCUGGCGCGGCUACUGGCGCGCGUGGCCCGCGACUGGAGCACGCACACGCACGCGGCCGCCGGCUGCACGCUCGACUUCCUGGUCGAUUGGUGUUGGGAUCGAGCUUUAGAAUUAAAAGAAAACGCCAGGGAGCUGACAGCGCCAUUAUUUGUGUCCUCUGCAUUGCCUGACAGAAAUGUAAUACGUUGUCUCGAGCACUGCGUUCAACAACUGACGCAGUUGACUGGCCUUCUCGACGCCGUUCUUACGAAGUGUUGCAGCCUCGUAGUGCCAGAUGCCCUGAGCGAGAUCGAGGAGAAGUACAAGGCCAUCGGCACAGUAUCGCUGUACUUCCAAGUGGUGCAGUGGUUCCUGCGGGUGGGGCUGCUGCCCGAGCGGCUCGAGCACGGCCGGACCGCGCGCCUGCACUACCCCGCGCACACCUUACAAACGCUCUACGACAAGAGGCGACUGAAGCUCAACCGAUUAGAUAACUCAGCUGGUGAAGAUAAUUCCAACAAAUCCUGCUCAUUGCUGUACAUAGAUCAACUAAUCGAAAAAGAGUUUGGUGGCGAACGGAUACAUCAAAUGUGGAGGAACGGCGGUAGCGAGACUGGUCUGUACCCGCCGCCGUCGCUAUACUCUCUCCUGCGGCUCUACCUGUUACCCGACGUGCCGGACGAGCAUAAACACUCGCUUGUCUUAUAUCUCCUCGUGGAUUAUUCUAGCGUCUACGAUGACGUUCGAUAUGAAGAAGUAAUUCGAAGGUUGAUGCAGUUUCCAACUAUGUUUGGACUUAGCAACACUGCAAUAAAAGCCACUCAAGCAUUCUGGCACCUUGAUCAUAGAGAUUUUGAUUUUGCACUAGACAAUCUACAAUGUCUAACGGGCAACACGCUCUCCGAGUGGCAACACAAUGUCGUACUUUCAUCUCUACUAGCACAAAAGAAAACCCAAGCGGCCCUGCAAUACUUGCACGUUAGGAAACCAGCGCCGGUGCAGUUGCGGGAUGAUGGUACACUCAACUCGAGUAGGGUCAACGACCUCGACAAGCUGGAAGAUUGGCAGUCGUGUUGUAACUUAUACUUGGCGAGGAACCUCGUAUUCGAAGCGCUAGAUGUGGUUAGAAUGUGUGUCCAGAAUACAGCUAAGACAGAAGAAAAGGAACAAGUGUUAAAUUUCUUCUUUAAAGGCUGUAGAAACACGGGACAACUAUCGAAGAUUCUCCAAGUAACAUUAUUGCCCUUUGAGGAGAAAGUGUUUAUAAAGUAUUUAGAGGACUGCAACGAGUCCCAAACUGGAGAUAUAUUGAUCACGUACUACUUGCAACAUGCCAGAUAUCUAGAGGCGGAACAAUAUAACAACAAGCUCAAACAAUCUAAAGCCCGUUCGAAUGACGUGAGCGCAUCUGCGGAGUCACUGGCUGAGACGUUGGACCGGGAGGAGGCGAGGGACAAUCUAGUGGAACUGGCAAUGGCCUCGCUGCCAGCCAUCGCUGGAACCGUCGCUAAAUAUGCACUCGUCGAUAAGGAUUAUGACACGCAUAUUAUUGCUCCAAAACCGAUGUCAGUCUAUAUACAAGCAAAGUCCCCUAAGAACACAUUCACAUAUAAGUCAUCAUUUAUUCAAGACACCAUAGAAAAUGCAAGCGAGACCUGGAUCAAUAAGCCCAAAAUGAGAAGAGGCAUCAAAAGGGCACUUAACAUUGAGGAGACUCCGUUUAUAUGCACUCCUAAGUUGUCGAAAACUAGAAGUGUGAUGGAGGAGAGCCAGGAGGGCUCGCCCCCGAAGCGAGCGCGGCGCGAGGGCGGCACCGCGCGGGCUCCGGGCGGCGCGCGGGUGAGCGCGGCGCUGGGCGAGCAGCUGGCGGCGCUGCUGCACCUGCCCGAGCAGCACACGCCGCCGCGGGCCGAGCGGCAGCUGCGCGCCGACACGCCGCACAGCAUACUCAAGGUACGGCACGCUCCUCGCACGGAGGGCGCGGGCGAGCAGCUGGCGGCGCUGCUGCACCUGCCCGAGCAGCACACGCCGCCGCGGGCCGAGCGGCAGCUGCGCGCCGACACGCCGCACAGCAUACUCAAGGUACGGCACGCUCCUCGCACGGAGGGCGCGGGCGAGCAGCUGGCGGCGCUGCUGCACCUGCCCGAGCAGCACACGCCGCCGCGGGCCGAGCGGCAGCUGCGCGCCGACACGCCGCACAGCAUACUCAAGACAAGGCGUGCAAUCAGUGAUGACGAAUUGGACAACGCCAGCAUGCAAACACAGUACAGUGAUUCUAACAAGCACCUAAGAUUUACAAUCCCAACUGCGUCCGAGUGUGGUUCCACGCCGUCAACUUCGCCAGUAGCGAUGCCAACAAUAGAUUUCGAGGACGCUGAAGAAAUGGAAAGAUCAGUUUCUGCUAUGAAAGAGAGAGACGAAGAUAACGACGAUUACUAUAAUGUCACCGAAGCUGAAGAGAGUCAUAAGACAACACAGGCACAUUCUAUGGAUGAAAGCCAUGUGUUGGAAUCGCCACCAAAGAAGUUGGCAACAGAAGAUGACAUUAAAACAAGAAAAUUCUACAAGGAUACCGUUCGUGCGAGGCGUUCUUUGUCUUUAUCGGCCAACAGCAGUCUGUCUGACGAUCCUAACUCUACAGUUGAAAGUAUAGCGGAUAUACCGAUCACGCUCAUCAACCCUCGGUACUCUAGCAGCAGGCGAAGAUCCGUAGACGAGACAGAGAUGCAAGUUGACAAUGAUACAGACGUGAAAGAGAGAAAUGAUAAUGUUAGUGGAGUAGUACCUAGAACGCCUAAAAGCAGGAGAGGGAUUAGAGCUGUUAGUGAAAUUACUCCACGGGUAACUAGGAGUCGAUCAUGUACGCCCGAACGACAAGAUUCGCCGGCUGUGGAAUUACGCGCUACCAGAACUACGAGAAGUAGAUCCCGUACUCCAGAGAGGAUAAUAAAAGAGUCACCGAGAUUGGAACCAAUAACAGAGUCGCCUGUUAAAUCAAGCAAAACUGUAUCAUCCAGUUCGUCGCCCAGUAGACGCAGUUUAAGAAGCCGCUCACGGACUCCUGAAGUCGAAGUAAUUACUGCACCAGACAAACCUGCCAGUCCACGUAAUCUCAGGAGUAGAGCAAAAACUCCUGAAAAAUCGGUAACACCUAAACUGGAACAUUCCGCUAAAACCAAGAAAUCUCUAUCCCGAUUGGUAUUGGAAGCGAAUGCGUUUGCUAAAUCAAAACUUAAUUUGGAAAAUAAUGAUCUUGAAGAAAGUCAUGUCGAUAAAUCUGAUGUAAUAGAGUGCACACCUAUGAAAACUUUAAAACAGAUGCCUAGUCUCUUAGAUGUCACUUUGUCACCAAUAGUUAACAAAUCUGUAUUACAAAGCUCUGCAGACAGCGUUUUGUCUGAAACAAUACAUAAAUAUAGUUUAUCUGAAAAUAAAAAUACUACAGAUCUAGGCCUAAAGACACUGCCAGCCUUUACGACACUCCACGAAACUGGAUUCGAAAAAUCUGUCUUGCGUAGUUAUCAAAGUAGCAUGGCUGACACUUCAGAAAGUAUUGUAGAAGAAAAGCGAGUGGAGGUCACUCAUGAUAUUACCACUAACGUUGAUAUGAAAUCUUUACCAGCAUUUACUACCGUCAACGAUAUCAAAAUUAAUAAAUCUUUGUUGCAUAGUUACGAUAGCAGUGUUGCGAACUCGCCUCAGAGCGAGCAAGAAGAAACGGACGUUAUAAAAACACAAGAGACAAUUCCUAAAUUAACUGCCUUUACGACAAUCGAUUCAGAUAUAUAUAAAUCAGUGUUACGUAGUCAUGAAUCUAGUAUGGCCGAAACUUCGCAAGAAAUUAGUAUGUCUAAAGAUCCUAGUAGUAGUAAAAAUGUUAGUGUUGACAAAUCCGCUUGGAAAGAUGUAUCAAGUUUGAUGACGAGUGACAGUGAUAUGGAUGUACGGGAUGAUAAUAAAGAUUCUAAAAUUGAAAGUCAAGAUACCGCAAUAGUAAUACAGAAAGAAAAAGAAAGAAUAGUUGAAAUUGAAAGAGAAAUUAAUGAAAUUGAAGGCGACAUGUCUGAUGAUAGCUUACAUGUUAGUGAAGAUACUGAUACGUCUGAUGAAGAAAUACUGCAAGGUGAAGAUAGUGGCGCCACUUCUGAAGCUGACACUUCAUCUUCAGAUGAGUCAGCAGCGUCAGGUAGCGACGAAAUUAUUUCCAUCAAAGAUACUGAAUCAGACGAUUCAUCUACAUCCGAUGAUAGACUUCAAAUAAAUGAAGAAACUUCCACAGAAGCAAAUCAGCAAGAUCAACUUGCACAGCCUAUAGAAACAGAACCCCAAGUUACUGUAGAUGUACAAGUUGAGAAAGAAGAGGACAGUAAAAUAGAAGUGACAGAAGGUAGCACAGAUCCUUUGAAUCAAGCUCACCUUUCGUUACUGACUGAUGAUAAUUCUAUCGUAGAGUCUGAUCAGUCUAGAAAUUUGAAUUUCUCUAAUGAAGUAAUAGAAGUUGAUAAAGAAAAACUUGCGGAUGUACAUACUGGAAAAGAAAUAAUAAGAGAAAAUGUGACAGAAUCUGUUGGUAAAGUAAUGGAAACAGAUGAACAACCAGCAGUAACAAUUGAAGUAACUAUAGAAAAAACACCAGAUAAUAAUGUCAGGGAAGAGUCAGUUGCUAAAGAAACCAAUGUUGUUGAUUCUAUUGCAGUCGAAAUAUCCGAUGUUAAACCAAAAAGGAAACUACAAGAUGAUAAACUUGAGGAAAAAAGUGAAGAAAGUGAAAAUACUCCUAUGCAAAUUGAUGUGGCGAUACCUAAAGAUAAAGAGACCUCAAAAGAUUACAAACAGAUUAAUAUUGACAAGAAAGUGCAAGAGGAUGAUUCUUCUCAAAAGAAAAAUGAAAUUACUAUAACAGAGGAAAAUAUGGAAAUAGAUAUAGAAAAACCUAUUACCAAAGGUAGAAAGCGCGCAAAAUCUACAUCUUCAAAUAAGUCUUUUAAAGAAGCAGAAGUAACAGAUAAUAAGGAAGAAAAAGAAAUUAAAACACCGCCAAGAAGAAAACGCACAUCGUCUACUGCAUCUAAUAAAUCAGUUGUUGAAACUGAACCUAAAAUGCCAGAAAAUGUACAAACGGAGGAAGUCAGCACUCCAACUAGAAGGCGAGCUAAGACCCCCACUAGUGCUGAAAUCAGGAAGAUAAUAACUCGACGUGUGUCGAGAGAGAUGGCAGCACAACUUGACCAAUCGAAAGAUAAUUUAGAUGUUACAGUUGCAACUACGCCCAAGAGAAGAACUACUCGGGCCAAAAGUAAAAAUGCAGAUGAUAACGAAAGUAUAGCGUCUGGGAGUUCAGUUAUAUCUAUAAGGAGUACAGUGAGCGAAGAAGUGGGUGAUGUGAAACCGGCGCCAAUCAGAAAAGGCAGGCGAUCUGUAUUAGCGACGAAGACGGAUUUGUCAGUAAUCCCUGAAACUACAACAGAAGAAUCGACAACUAAAAGUAAUGAAGACUUAAUCAACGAAUAUUCCAGUUCUAGGAGGCUAACCCGUCACCAGAAAACUGUGCUAGAAUCCUGGCUAGAACCGGUCGGAUCCCCGGACAGCGCUGGAGGCAGUGCCCAGACGAGUGCCGGUGGUGUAGGAACGUCGCGUCGCACUAGUACCAGUACCAUCACCAGCAUCACCAAAGAUGACGAUGACGCAUCCUCCACGCAUUCCGCCGGUUUCGACGUACAGCCCAUUGAUCGAAUCUCGUUACUCAAUAAACCCGACUUUGAAGGCUCGCCCGACAGAGAGGAAUUAUACGCCAACUCGCCGGAUCCAUUCACCACAGACGCCUGCAGCGAACGUAGAUCUCGACUGACACGCGCAGCGUCUGAAUCCAGACAGGUGGUCAAAGCAGCUAAGAUUUCAAGAAGAAUUCAUUCAGCCGACAUUGACAUGACCCCUGAGCGCGGUUCGCCAGUGCCUGCAGGCGCAUCGAGCCCGGCUCGGGGCCGCCGCGCCUCUUUCAAUCGCGCCUGUGAAGCACUACACACACCAAAGGGCAGGCGCACAUCCACUGAUCUUAGGAAGGGCGAGACAGACAGUCCUCUAGGAUCGGAGGCGGCUUCGGAGUUGGAAGUAGUUACGCCUGCACGGCGACCGCGCAGGGCUUCCACGCAGUCCAACACAAGCCAGGCUAAAUCAGAAACUGGCAAGAGAUCAAAAAAGAUGUCAACUGUAGAAGAAAGUAAUGAUAGUAACAAAUAAUAUAUAUAUUUUCCUCUUAUUUUUACAGUAAACUUUAUAUAGUUCCUUUAAGCUUCGUUUUGCAUUUAAAUAAAUAAAAAUGUGAUUCAGU